UUCAAGCCUUGCAUGGCACUGGCAGGCCGGUCGCUGCCACUGGACCAGGCCGUCGAGGAUUUAGCAGAGCUCAAGGGCAGAGCUGACGAGUUGAGCAAGUGUUACUUGCGCUACAGCAACAUCACCGGCUCUGUUGCCUCCAAGUUGGUCAUGAUGCAGAAACAACAAGGAGUCUCCAGCGCAAUAGCACUCGAUAUGCUCCUCAAGGCAAGGGAUGCCGCGGAUGGGCAGAAAUGCCGAGGGGAUCUCACCCAGCUGAUCACUCAAGAUGGUCAUCCCAAUAGUGACCUCCAAGUGAUCUCGGUGUGGGGAUCAGAAGGCAACCAUGGGACCACAUCUGUCAUCAUGACGACCUACAAUGCCUCAGAGAUCCGCAAUAGCUACACCUACAGGGCCUGGGUGAAGCUCAUGCAUCCGUUCAAUCCACAUGACUUCGUCCGCAACUUGAUGGCUCAGUUCUUUGAAAGCUCUUUCGAGGAACAAGGAGCAAGCGCCAUAGGUAUACAAGUCCUCACCAAGAUGGAUCAGGCCACCCAUUCUCAAUCAGAUCUCCUCAAGGAGUUCGAGCAGCUGGUCACAGAGAAGAGGUACCUCGUUGUCUUGGAAGAUCUCUCAAACAUGGCAGAGUGGCAUGCUAUCAGGACCUUUCUUCCUCACAGUAAGAACGGCAGCCGCAUCAUUGUGUCCACAAAGGAGUCAAAAAUGGCAUGCUUGUGCAUUGGCGAUUCUUACCAGAUAUUGGAGUUGAUGCACUUCUCACCCGAGCACUCUGUUUGUGCCCUCUUCAACAAGGGUUCUAGUAGUGGCGACGAAGAUAAAGGCAAGAAACCAAUGGUGCAGGAUUCAAUCCUGAUUGGACGUGAGUCACAAAUGAAUGAACUUCGUAAAUAUCCAGCAAUUGCACGUAUGUCAUCUUCCCAAGUUAUGUCUGUCUGGGGGAUAGCAGGUGUGGGGAAGUCAGCCCUCGUCAGAGACUUGUGCAAUAUUGAUGACACAAAGCAACCUGAAGAGAAACUAUUUAAUAGGUAUUGUUGGGUGAAUGUAUCUCAUCCAUUCAAUUUGAAGUACUUAUGUCAGGAUUUACUUUCGGAUUUUCACUCAGAAAAAGAUCCCAUUAAAGAGUGUCACCAGCUUCUAAUACAAGACCGUUGCCUCAUUGUUAUUGAUGGUAUACGCUACAAAAAGGAAUGGGAUUUGAUAAAAAAAUCCGUGGUACCUAGAUCCUCUAAGAGUGUUAUCAUUGUUAUUACAACUGAAGCAAGUAUUGCCACAUACUGUGCAAAUAACAGACAGCUCGUGUUCAAUGUCAAAGGUCUAGAAGCUGCUGCAGCCUUUGAUCUCUUCAAACAGGAG